UAUUCGACAGAACUCGCACCCUCGGCGCGCGCAGCAUGCCAGCAGACAACCUGCAAGAAGGAAGGUAUCAAGAUCCAAAAAGGCGAGCUCCGCCAGGGCGUCUUGGUCACGAUCAGGGAGCACGAUACAAUCAAGUGGCGCCACUGGGGCUGUGUUACGCCAUUAGUCCUCAGCAACUGGAAGGACGUGUCUGGUGGCGACAUGGAUCUGAUCGAUGGCUACGACGAGCUUCCAGCCGAUGCACAGGAGAAAGUAGAGCGCGCUCUGCAGCAGGGUCAUGUCGACGACGCUGAUUGGAAGGGCGUGAGUCACUUCUUGACCACUAUUCUACACUAUAUCUGA